GCAGCCCGUCCUCCCUUUGCACCUCCUCAGUAGUGACUUCAGCCUCGGUUGGAGGGGGAGGAGCAGGCUGGGAGGCUCUGGUCUGCUCCCAUGUUGAUGUUGAUGUUUGUUGUUUGCGAGGGUGGCAGCACUGUGUGGAGAGGACCACAGUGUGAACGCAGGGUUGCCGACUGGCCUGCCUGCACGCCUUUUCUUGGGGGGGGGGGAAUGCUGCAACUUUUUUUUUUUUUUUUUUUUACCGAAAACGCGGCUGAACCGGUGGAGAUCUCCGAUGAUUCCUGGCCGACUGUCGCUGUGAAACACUUGGGCAUAUGGCAGUGAAGGUCCUGCUUGGUUCGCGUUGUGCGCAAAGACUCGUAGUGUCUGUCUGAAAGCGACAGCCAGUCAGGAUGCUGGAGCUCGUCUGAGAGCACCCCGUCGUGUGGUCUUUUCUCUGGAUUCCCCUUCCCCAUUUUUUUUCUUUUUAUAAAAAAAAAAACAACGAAGUUCUUCCUUGUGCCAAUUUCCAACUCUUUUUUCUUUUCUUUCUUAAACUUCUAAAAAAAUGGUGUUCUUCGCUUUGUCGUCGGCUCGUAACAAACCUGGAUAACGAAAGGAGUAGCUAACGUGACAACACCCCAACACGACGACCAGCGUUACUUUCCUUCGAGGCACAUCUGCCCCGGGAUUUAUUCAGCUGUGGGGCUUUUAAUCAGCCGUCGAUGCAUCUCGGGGUAUCUGAGUCCAUGAGAGAGUGCGAGUACAGCCAAAUAAGCACUCGCAGCUCCACACCAAUGGAGACUCCUUACAAGAAAAGGACCCCAAAGAAGAGGAAGUGGGAGUCCUUCCAAGGUCGGAAUAAAUUUUACUGCGAUGGGAGGAUUAUGAUGGCCAAGCAGACAGGGGUUUUCUACCUCACCCUUGUCCUCAUUCUAGUGACCUGUGGACUUUUCUUCACCUUUGAUUGUCCGUUCCUGGCGCUGGAGUUGACCCCAGUUAUCCCGGUCAUAGGAGGUGUGCUGUUUAUGUUUGUACUGGGGACACUCCUGAGAACCAGUUUCAGCGACCCAGGGGUCCUGCCCAGGGCCACCCCUGAUGAAGCAGCUGACCUGGAGAGGCAAAUAGAUGUGGCUAAUGGCAGUACUGGCUACAAGCCUCCUCCCAGGACCAAGGAGGUGGUCAUCAAUGGACAGACAGUCAAGCUGAAAUAUUGCUUCACCUGCAAGAUCUUCAGACCGCCACGUGCCUCCCACUGCAGCCUCUGUGACAACUGUGUGGAGCGUUUUGACCAUCACUGUCCCUGGGUGGGGAACUGCGUGGGAAGGAGGAACUACCGUUUCUUCUACAUGUUCAUCCUCUCACUCUCCUUCCUCACCAUCUUCAUCUUCGCCUUCGUCAUCACACACAUCAUUUUAAGCUCCAAUCGAAACGGGUUCCUCAGCGCACUUAAAGAUAGUCCUGCAAGUGUGCUGGAGGUGGUGGUGUGUUUCUUCUCUGUCUGGUCCAUAGUGGGCCUCUCAGGCUUUCAUACCUACCUAAUCAGCUCCAACCAGACCACCAAUGAAGAUAUAAAAGGGUCUUGGUCUUCUAAAAGAGGGAAGGACAACUAUAAUCCCUACAGCCAUGGCAAUAUAUUCACCAACUGCUGUGCAGCCCUGUGUGGACCCCUGCCACCAAGUCUCAUUGACAGACGGGGCUUUAUCCAAUCGGACACACCACAGCUGGCACCACCAACCAAUGGCAUCACUAUGUAUGGCGCCACCCAGUCUCAGCAGAGCCACAUGAUGAACGAGCUGGUGCGGGUUCUUUGCGUGGCUCUGCCUUCUGACAAGGGCCGCCGCCACCCCUCUCCUCCAGCAGCAGAGCAGCGAGCCAGUGAUCCUGACGACCUCCCCCGAAAACGGAGGCACUCUAACUGGCCGCACCUCCCUCACCCUGGGCGGCCCGUGCACCUCGCUCCCCCUCGGCCAGCCCACCCCUCCGACGUCCACCCCCAGCCUCAGCUGCCACGAGGCCACCGACAUGCUGCCAAUCCACGGACACAGCCUCGCACACAACCACAGCCACCCCCUCCAGGAGCCAGUGGCCCACCACCACUUCCUUACUCCAGAGGAAGUGCCUUCCCCGCCAGGUAUGCUUCCCUGCGGCAGCCCCCUGGGACACAGCCACACCAUGCAGGCCGGCUUCUACAACCCAGCCAGCCAGGACUCACUACACGAGGACUCUGUCAGAGGACUGGUAAAGCUCAGCUCUGUCUGACAAUGGGAUAUAUGCCCCCUCCUCCCACCUCCUCCCUCCUGAAAACAUGCAUCAAACUCAUGAAACUCUCCUGUGCCACUUUUGUACCAGCCCGCUCUCACCCUGAGUUUUCCUUUCUCUCCUCAGCAGGACUCGAGAACAGAAAAAGGCUGUGGUUUAAAUUCAGCUGCUAGAAACUGAAUAAUGGAAUUUAACUGAACCGAAGUGAAACCAGUUGUCCUCCUGGCCAAUGUUUUGCCAAACCUCUCUGCUGGAACUGGGAGAGAUGUUUUGUUUUGGUGUGUUGGUCUGUGUGACAAACAUAAUGUUCUCACUGUUUGUUUUUUAUUUUUUUUACUUCAAGGGAAGCAUUAUCCACUAGCCCCUGGAAAAUGGACAGGGGAAUUUCUUUUUCAAAAGUGGCGUAUGUCUGUGAGCCAUGUCAAGCAAAAAAAAAGAAUACAUGUUUUGACCGUACAUGACAUUUUUGGUCAAAAUGACAAAUUUCUGUCAAUGGAUCACAUGUAUGACAGGUUUUUUUGUAAAACAAACUUUAGCCUAUUUGCCUGUUGCUGAUUGGACAGCGUCUUUUGCCUUUUUUUCUUGGGACAUUCUCAGCAGUGCAAUGGCUGAUGUCAUCAUGUUGCAUAUCAUCUUGCAUUUUCUAUGUUAAAAAAAAUAAGAGACUGUUGUACUGUACCAUGGUUAUUACAAAUCUUACAAAUUAUUAUAUUUCCUGUGGAUAUUAAUAAAACACCCACUUUUUAUCAGA